CUCUCAGGACUGACAGCACACACCGAGAGGCUCCUCUCUCCCCAGAGGUUCAGGGCCUUGAGAGCUGUGGCAUUCACCAUGCUGGCCCGGGGCAGUGGCCCCGAGCAAAGGACCGGGCUUGCCGUGCUGUGGAGGCAGAUUUACUGGAUCACCUGCUGGAUCACCCUGUAUGCUGUGGAGGCCCUCCCCGCCUGCCCCUUCUCCUGUAAGUGUGACAGCCGCAGCCUGGAGGUGGACUGCAGUGGCUUAGGCCUCACCAUGGUGCCCCCGGACUUGCCCGCUGCCACCCGAACCCUCUUACUCUUGAACAAUAAGCUGAGUGCCCUGCCUAGCUGGGCAUUUGCCAAUCUGUCCAGCCUGCAGCGGCUGGACCUAUCCAACAACUUCCUGGACCAGCUGCCCCGUUCCAUUUUCCGGGACCUGACGAAUCUUACAGAGCUGCAGCUGCGCAAUAACAGCAUCAGGACCCUGGACAGGGACCUGCUGCAGCACUCGCCCCUGCUUCGCCACCUGGACCUGUCCAUCAACGGCCUGGCCCAGCUGCCCCCUGGCCUUUUCGAUGGACUCCCGGCUCUGCGCUCCCUAUCACUUCGCUCCAACCGUCUGCAGAACCUGGACCGGCUGACGUUUGAACCCCUCGCAAGCCUGCAGCUGCUGCAGGUUGGGGACAAUCCCUGGGAAUGCGACUGUAACCUACGUGAUUUCAAGCACUGGAUGGAGUGGUUUUCCUACCGAGGGGGGCGCCUGGACCAGCUUGCCUGCACCCUACCUAAGGAGCUGAGGGGGAAGGACAUGCGUGUGGUCCCCAUGGAGAUGUUCAACUACUGCUCCCAGCUGGAGGAUGAGAAUAGCUCAGCUGGGCUGGAUAUUCCUGGGCCACCCUGUACCAAGGCAAGCCCUGAACCUGCUAAACCCAAGCCAGGGGCUGAGCCUGAGCCCGAGCCCAGCACUGCUUGCCCCCAGAAGCAGAGGUAUCGGCCGGUGAGCGUGAGGCGGGCCAUCGGCACGGUGAUCAUCGCGGGGGUUGUCUGUGGCAUUGUCUGCAUCAUGAUGGUGGUGGCUGCUGCCUAUGGCUGCAUCUAUGCCUCCCUUAUGGCCAAGUACCACCGGGAGCUCAAGAAGAGGCAGCCCCUAAUGGGGGACCCGGAGGGUGAGCAUGAAGACCAGAAGCAGAUCUCUUCUGUGGCGUGAGAGCCCAGCCCCAUUUGGCCUAGCAAACAAGCCACAGUGCGGCUGUCUCCAUGAACUUCCAAGUCUCUGCGGAAGCCACCCUUGUGCUAAAGGCUCCUGCUCAUGCUCCUUUCUGAGCCACCAAGUCUCUGGAACACCUGGGGGAUCUCCCUAAGCUUCUGGCCAUAGGGAAGAAAGGAUAUGUGUGCAAGUGGAGGCUUCUGGACUCAGUGUUCCCCUGUUGCCCUUCCUGCCCUGGCUGUAGACUGGGUGACUCUCCCUACCUCCUGCUCAUAGCACCUCAUCUGCAUUAGGGGUGGGGAGGAAGUGAUAGGGGGGCCAAGGGUCAACUUCUGUGACCCUCUUCUAAGCCAGGAAUAUAUUUUCAGCUGCCCUUAGUGUCGGAGUUGGGUCCAGCUUUCAACUGCUAGUACUAAUGUACAAUCACACCAGCCAUGGCAUCUGGACCCAGCUCUAAGAAACAUGAUUAUAACACACCCCCUCUGCUGAAGCCAUUAGGUCUCUCUAUCUGCUAUAGGCCACACCGACUGCAUUGCUCCUGGAUUCACUUAUCCACUCUCACACACACUCAGCAUCA